AUGGUCGAAGACAUCAGCCCCACCACCAGAUCCCCCGACCCGCACUCUGCGCCGCCGCCAUCAUCAUCACCACCACACCCCCAGCAGCACCAAAACCAGCACCAAAACCUCUUCUCCCGCUUCCGCCUCACCAACCCCUUCGCCUCCUCUCCCAACGCAACAUCCACCACCGACGGCAACUCCCGCCGCAAGAGCAGCACGAAGAUGCCCAACCCCACGAGCCCCGCCAACCCAUCCUUCGGCAUGACCGGCCCCGGCGGCAGCAGCAACAGCAGCAGCAGCAGCGACGACAAGCCGACGCUACUAAAAAAGAAGCCGAAGAAGACGACGAAACAAGCCGGCGGCGCCGGCGGCGGCGGCGGCAUGAGCAAGCUCCCGUGGCGAAAAGACAGCAGCAUCGGCGUCGGCAUCAGCAGUACUCCUACCACCGCUUCCGCACUGGCAGCAGCCUCGCGCUCGGCCAGCGCGUCGACGACGCACCUGCCGUUGAUGACCGAGGACGUUUCUUCGCCCGCCGCCGCCGCGACGGCUGGGGCGGAAAGCGGCGGCGGCGGCGGCGGUAACGGCGGCGGCGGUGGAACCCGCGGCGGUGGCGGUUUCGUGCGCACCAUCAAGCGGACGGCGUCGGCGGGGAGCUUGGGGAAGAUGCUUGGGGAUCGAUUGCGCGGGGUCACGUCGUCGACGACGACCACGACGGGGGCGGCUACGGCUACGGCUACGGCUACGAAAGGGAAGGGGAGGACGGGUGGCGGUGCCGGCGGCGGGGCUGCGGACGCUACUGCGGGUCAGGCGGCGGCGGUGUCGUCGUCGUCGUCGUCGUCGAUGGGAGCGGCGUGGCAGAAGGCGAGGAAGAGGUUUAGCGCGGGGAGUGGUGGUGUUGGUGCCGGUGGAGCGGAUGCCGGCGCGGGUGCGGAAAACGAUGCCACUGCUGGUGGGCAGCGGCAGCAGCAGCGGCAGCAGCAGGAAGAGGAGGGGGCAGACGAUGAUGAUGAUGAUGAUGAGAGGCCGCUGCAGAGCAGCAGGCCGGCCAGCGCGGCGAGCGGGGGGUUGUUGAGCAGGAGUAAUGCGGUGGUCAAUGGACACGGUCGCGGCUGCGGCCAUCAUGGAAAGGGGAGGGGCAGUUGGGGGAGCAUUGCUGCUUCGGCUUCGGCUUCUGCUUCUCCCUCUUCUCACUCUUCCUCUUCCCCGUCUGCGGAUGCUGGGGCGAGCAGGAACGGUGCCGGUGAUAAUGGUGGUGGCCACAUCUCGUUCUCCAACUGUGCCGACGUGACGGAUGAAGCCGUCGCGAACGCCGAUGCUGCGGUGUCGCCGCACAAGGGGUUCCGGCGGCGCAAGACGUCGGCCACGCUGCAGGGGCUCACGGCCGGGAAGGGACUGGGACUCGGGCUGGGCGGUUCGGGGCUGGCCAUGACGCCGUCGACAGCUGCUGCAGCUACGACACCAGCAGCACCAGCAGCAGCAGAGAACGAGGAGGCCGAGAAAGAGAAACCCAACACGCUCGACGGCGUGUUCGCCAACAGCCUCACCGCCGACAACCUGACCGCCGCCGCUGCGUCGAAGAAGAAUGACAGCGCCGAGGCGACUGGUACUACUGCAGCAGCAGCAGCCGGCAACAGCAGCAACAGCAGCAAGAAGAACAGAAGCGUCUCCAACGCCGCCGACUCGCUGGCCCGACGCAUGAAAAUCCAUCGUACAGCCAAGCGCAGCUCCUCCCUCGACCCCACGAUGCACCUCGGCGGCGGCAGCGGCAGCAACACCAAGGCCAAAGCCAACGCCAACACCAACACCCGCAUCGCCCGCGGCCGCAGCAAGUCCGACAGCGCCAGCGGCCUCCUCGCCACCUCCGCCAAGCUGAUGCGCUACCGGCCGUUCCUGACCGCCGGCGCCAACAGCAGCAGCAGAACCACGGCCAACCGGCUCCUCACCCACCCCAACGCGUCGACCACGGCGCUCCGCGGGCCCUCGCGCACGCCGUCGUCCGAGUCCGGCCGCAGCCUGCCCGCCUCGGCCGCCCGCCACCACGGCUUCCAGCCGUCCGGCUGCAUCGCCCACCCCGCCGGCCUGACGAGCCUGUCCAGCCCGAACCUGCUGCUGCCCGACAUCAGUGCCGCUACCGCCAUCACCACCGUGGACACCGACGACGACAGCGACGAGCGCCACCAGCGGCAGGCCGAGGCGGCGGCCCCGACGCCCGUGUCUUCUCCAGCCGCCGCUGUCGCUGCUGCUGCUGCUGCUGCUGUUGUUGUCGGGAACGCCCGCGAGCAGCGCAGCGGCGGUGGCGGCGGUGCCAUGAGGCAGAUGAUGUCGCUGCGCAGCGGCGGCGGCGGCAAGAGGAAGAGCAAUAGCAGUAGUAGCAACGGCAGCGGCAGCAACAACGGCCAUCGCAACGCCCAGGUCGACCCCUCGCCGCCCAUGCUGCCUGAGUUGCCGCGGAGCGGGGACGACCUGCUGGGCGACUUCUCCAUGCCGGAGCUCGAGCGCGUCGAGGGCGCCGGCGGGGAGGCCGAGUGGGUGGACAAGGGGACGGGGAGGGUGUUGGGUAAGGGGCACGGCGGCGGCGACGACGACGGGCAGGCGGCGGUGGCGAGGAAGGGGACGGUGGAGAGUGGUCGGCGGAAGAUGGGGGGCGAGGUCGUGGUGGCGAGUGAUCGUGCGGAUAGGGAGGAGGAGCAGCGGCGGCGGCGACGGCCGCAGCCGCCGCCGCCUUCGUGGUCGGCGUCCGCGUCCCUGGCGGAUGGGGACCAGGCGAAGAGGACGGAGAUUUGGGUCGAAGAGGUGAAGAGGGAGGGCAUGGCCGAGGACGUGGAGCCCGGCGCCCGUGUGGAUGGGGGCGUGGUCAGCGGCAGUAGUGGUGGAGACUGCAGGCUGCUUGGUGCGGAGCUCCGCUCUUCUUCGGCGAGGAGCCUGACCCCACGGCCGAAUCCCGCACAGAUUGCCGCUGCCCACGAGCUUGCCGUCAGAGGCCGGGCGACGCUCGUGGAGCCCGGGAACAGGAAGCUGCAUGAUCGCAUCAUUCCGUCUCAGGGGUCGUCGGUGUACUCGGCGCCAGGUACCUCGCCCUUGACUCCACCAACGUCUUCCGGCACCCCGAUUCCCCAGGACAACGACUAUGUCAAGGAUAUCGAGACUGAGCUUGUCGACGACAGAUGGGUGGAUUACGGACCACUCAACGAGGUGAGGAUGCUGUAG